AUGGACUUAGAAGAUCGACGAAACUUUGUGAAGUCCAAUAACUUGUGCUUCAAUUGCCUGGCACCCGGACACUCAGUUUUGAAAUGCCGUGUUCCCGUAUCCUGUCGCUUGUGUCAUCGACGUCAUCACUCGCUAUUACACACCGAUUCUGCUCAGAUAAACAAAAAACAAGUAACACCGACGCCAGUAAACACCUGCAUUGAAGAAACACAAAAUGUACAGGUUACUACAAUUAUUGCAUCGUCACAUUUAGCCACUAAGCAAAGCAUAGCUCUAUUAGCAACAGCUGUAGUUACAGCACGAAACGAGGAAGGUCAUAUCGUUCUUCUCAGAGCUCUCAUCGAUCAAGGUUCACAAGCUGCCUUUAUCAGUGAACGCGCGACUCAAUUGCUCAAGCUCAAGAAACAUCCUGUGAAGGGAACAAUUGUGGGAGUUGGAUCUACUAGAACAGAUGUCAAGCACGUAGUGCAGCUUGAAAUAGGUUCACGAUGGGAUAACAAAUUUAGCCUUUCUAUAGAACCAUACGUGAUCUCCAAACAACUGACUGCGAAGAUACCAACUCAAGUAAUCACAACCAACAACUGGCAACACCUGGAAGCGCUCAACCUGGCCGACCCAAGCUAUCAUACACCAGGUUCAAUAGACAUGCUUCUAGGAGUAAAUCAAUACACAAGUAUAAUUCAACAAGGUAUAAUCAAAGGUCCACCUGGUACACCUUGUGCUCACCAAACAAGCCUCGGUUGGAUAAUAUUUGGAGAAAUUAAUACGAACCCGGAAUCAUAUUCAUUUCAUGUCAUGCACUUUACAAGUAGAUGUCGAAGACUUGUUGAAAUCAAUAUGGGAAAUAGAUCAUGA